AAAAGCACUUGCAUUAUUUUCCUACUUUUUUCCUCUUACUCUCUAAAUAAAGCGCAAACUCUUCCCGGGGAAACUCAAAAACAUGGAGAAAUCGAAUUCCAACUCCAAUGACAGCAAUCGUCACUACCGGAAUUCCCAGAAAGAAAACAGCCACAGAUCAAUGUCUGACACAGACUCACAAGUGGACUCAUUCCACUCCCCUCUCCGUUUCGACUCACCUUUUCCUUCCGAUGAACCUUUCCCUGACAAUAAUCACCGCCCAACAACAACAACCAAGUCUCUCUCUUCAAAGGGCUCCAUUGUUUCAGUCGACAAAUUCUACUCACCACGUAGAGAUCUACAUAAACCUUCUUGGGAGAAUAUAAGCUUACCUCCCACACCGGAAAACACAAACAAAGAUCAGCUGUGUUUUAACAGGCCGGCUGUUAGAGAGGAUGUAGUAACUACUACCAAGGUGCGACAACCGGUUCGUGGUGGUGCUGACGUGGAAAGUGGUGUGGAGAGCUCGCCUGUGAGGACUGGGCGUACGAAGAGGGAAUUGAUGUUGACUAAGGCGGGGCUAGGGUUUAGGGUUUGCGAGUUUGCUUUGUGCUUGAUUUCGUUCUCUGUUAUGGCGGCUGAUAAGACUCAAGGUUGGAGUGGUGACUCUUUUGAUCGAUACACCGAGUACAGGUAUUGCGUUGGUGUUAAUAUUAUUGGAUUUGUGUAUUCUGGAUUUCAAGCGUUUGGUCUAAUUUACAAUCUAGCAAGUCGGAAACACUUUCGCUCUCACCAGAGUCGAUAUCGUUUUGAUUUCUUAAUGGAUCAGAUAUUGGCUUAUCUGAUUAUGUCAGCAUCUUCUUCAGCUGCAACGAGGGCAUAUGACUGGAUAUCAAAUUGGGGAAAAGAUGAGUUUACAGAGAUGGCAUCUGCAUCUAUAGGGGUGUCUUUCCUGGCUUUUAUAGCCUUUGCCUUUAGCUCUCUCAUUUCUGGUUACAACCUCUGUAACCGAAAUGCCUCUGUGACCCAGCAAUGAGUUUGUAUCCAUUUAUUCGAUGAGUAUAUUUGAGAAUCGCCACAUAAGAUCUUAUUUCUAGCUUGAAAAUCUGUACAGAAGUAGUAAAUAGAUUCAACUACAUAACUUUUUCUAGAAAUAACGGAAGGUAUAAAUUUAACUGACCUUUUUCCCCGGGCUAUGAUUAGUUCAAUGAAUUAGAACGAAUCAAUUGGUUGGGGGCAUGUUUCCAUUCAAUUGAAAA